AGCAGGAUAGUGAUGCAGCUCUUCAGAAAGCUCGCACCCAGGGCAGUGGAAAAUUUCAGGUGCCUGUGCAGUGGUGAGAAAGGAAAGUCGGAAAACGGAACCCUACUGCAUUACAAGGGAACAAUCAUCCAUCGGGUGUGCAGAGGAUUUGUCAUGCAAGGAGGAGAUGUGGUGUACAGGUUCCGCUCCAGCCUGACAGUGCAGUCGAUUUACGGGGGAAUGUUCCCGGACGAAAACCUUGGAUCGCGGCACAUCGACUUCGGGCAGGUCUGUAUGGCGAACACAGGACAGAAGGAUUCCAACGGCUGUCAGUUCUACAUCACGUUCGAUGGUGCCCCAUGGCUCGAUGGGGACAACGUCAUCAUCGGCAAGGUCAGGAUGAUCAAGGUUUCUAGGUGCAGCUCUACCCGUGAAGGCGAUGUUUGCUACAGGUUCUGCGAGGGCUGA